UGAGGAAUCAAAAGUUGCCGGAAUGCCGGUGGCCUCCCUCCAUUCCUGAGUUCUGAGUCAGUUCCGCCGUCUGAUUACGGCUGGUUGUCAGUUGACAUCUCACAUCUCUGCUCCUCUUCCUGCGGAUUUAAGAUUUCCAUCCUGUGUAUCUGUCGCCAGGACAGGGAACCAGGAGUGUGUUCGUGUGUGAGAGCAAAGUGAUCGUGAGGGUUCUUGAGGAGGGACAACUGCGGUAGCGGUAGCUAGCACGCAAGAAACAUCACAAGGCACGAGCAGAAUCGUGGCAGCUUCUUCCUCCUCCGAGAAAUGGGCUGCCUCCACCUCUUCCACGGCAGGUCCAGUAGCAAGAAGAGGCGGCCGCAGGUGGCGGCCCCGGCACCGGCCGCCGCAUUCCCCUCUACCGUCUCCACCGAAGCGCGCUCGGUCGCGUCCGUGCCAGCCGCCAGCGCCUCGUUCGCGUCGUCAGCCAGCGUCGUCUCCGAGGCAUCGGGCGCGAGGCCGGCGGCGAGCGGGUCCUCGGGCUCGGGGUCGGGGUCGGCCUCGUCGGCGCGGAGCAUCCCGGAGCUGUACGAGGCGAGGGGCGCCCUACUGCGCGAGUUCGGCCUCCGGGAGCUCCGCGCCGCCACGCGUGACUUCAACCCGCUGCUCAUGAUCGGCGAGGGCGGCUUCGGGUGCGUCUACAGGGGCGUCCUCCGGCUCCCCGGCGGCGGCCCCGAUGGCACGCCGGUCGCCGUCAAGAGGCUCAACCCCAACGGCCGUCAGGGCCACAAGGAGUGGCUCGCCGAGGUCCAUUUCCUGGGCGUCGUCGAGCACAGGAACCUCGUCAAGCUCAUCGGCUUCUGCGCCUCGGAGACGGACCGGGGCCCGCAGCGGCUACUGGUGUACGAGUUCAUGCCGAACAAGACGCUGGACGACCACCUGUUCAACCGGGCGUACCCUGCCCUUCCGUGGGAGGUCAGGCUGCAGAUCGCACUGGGCGCCGCCGAGGGGUUGCUGUAUCUCCACGAGGGCCUAGAACUUCAGAUCAUAUACCGUGAUUUCAAAGCAUCGAACGUGCUGCUGGACGAGGAGUUCAGACCCAAGCUCUCGGACUUUGGGUUAGCGAGGGAGGGGCCAUCAGAAGGCCAGACUCACGUGUCCACAGCGGUCAUGGGCACCUUCGGCUACGCCGCGCCGGACUACGUCCAGACGGGGCACCUGACCACCAAGAGCGACGUGUGGAGCUUCGGCGUGGUGCUGUACGAGAUCCUCACCGCGCGGCGCGCCAUCGAGCGGAACCGGCCCAGGAACGAGCAGAAGCUCCUGGACUGGGUGCGGCGGCACCCCGCCGGGAGCGGGCGGUUCGGCGAGAUCAUGGACGCGAGGUUCGAGGGGAGGUACCCCGCGCGGGGCGCCAGGAAGGUGGCCGCGCUCGCCGACGGCUGCCUCGCGAAGCACGCCAGGGACCGACCCACGAUGAGGGAGGUGGUCGAGCGGCUGAGGCAGGCGAUGCGGCACACGGAGAUGGACGGCGCCGUGGAGUGCCAGGGCUCCUCGCCGCCUCAUCAGGAGGAGGCGCCCGGGACGCCGGGGGCGGAGGAUGCGCAUGCGCGCGCCGUGGCGGCGGCGGCGGAGGCGAGGGCGACGAGGCGGAUGCUUCAUCUGGCCGCUCUAGGGGGCACUGCCGAUGCUCAUGCGAGGAGAAGGCUCAUGCUCAUGAGGACUGCCGCUGCCGCCGCUGCUCCGACGUGAUCGACUGCCGUUGUUGAUGCCCUUUGACUUCCAUUCGUGUAUGUACAGUCUGAACCUAUGACUUCUAGAAAAGUAGUUUGGCAUUCCAAUUGUUCGGGAAACAAAAAACUCUGGCAUUCCUUUUUUAUGUUGUUGUGUGUAGGUCAGAAGGCCCGCAUCUGGUUUUGUCCAUUGCCUGAGCUGAUGUCUCAGUGUCUGAGAGUAGGUGCUUGAAAAGGAAUAAAUUUUUGGAAAGGUGUGAAAACUACCCCUGCCUUUUUCUUCUCAAACCUCAUAGUAUACAUUAUGCUGUAACCGCAAAAUUUGAAUUGAAAAUGUGUUUUCUUGUUCUAUUGUAAUACGCAAAGCCACCUAGCCUUUGAA